UUCCCCCAACCAACCCACCAGGUAAUGAAAAUUUCGCAAGACGUUUUCUGUUGUAGAGAAGUAGAAAAAAAAAAAACAGCAUAGAGAGGAGGAGGAGGUCGUUCUCCUGCACAAAAACGGAUCUCUGUCGUCUUCGUUUUUCUCUGGUCCGAGUGGCGGUUUUAGCACCGAUACUCCUCAGAUCUGCUGAAGAAGAUUCUCUAUUCUCUUCCACAAAGAGAGAAAACGAUUGGUUGAUUUGUAAAUGCGCUUCACCUACCUUCGGAUACACGAGAUCUAAUGCUGGCGAAGCUUUUGACGGUGGCUUGAGUUGUCCUCUUCUCUCUUCUCCAAUGCGCCUUUCUGUUAAAAUCUUCCACUGAAGGAGGAAGAAUCUGUAUCUGUGCUGCUUCUUCUUCUUCUGCAUUUGAGGCUUUUUUAAGUGUAUGUAGGCAAAGAGAGAAGAUGGUUUUCGGCAAGAUCACUCAGCUCUUCACACCAAACCGCUACGGAACUACUACACAACCUUCAGUUCCAUACAUCCCUACUGGCUCUUCAUCACCAGACGUAGGCACCUCAGCUCCAGACUCCAUCGCCUUUGGAAACGGUGGACGCAAGAGCAAGAACGGUCUCAGACACUCUGCCUCUCUCCAAGACUUCUCUUCCUAUCACGGCUUCGAUCCUGAGGAAGCUUUCACCGACUCAAACGCUAAACAUCAGCGGCAAAACGGGAAUAGUUUCUCCAAGGACAAGGGAGGUGUCCCCAGUGCCACGACCAGUCCAUCCACGCGCCGUGGGCGUAAAUGGAUCCGCGCGGUGAUGAUCGUUGUGUGCAUGUUUCUGUUUGCUUCUCUGGUGUAUAUAGCAGGCAUGUAUGUUUACACGAACUGGUCUCGCGGAGCGUCGAGGUAUUACGUUGUGUUUGACUGCGGGAGCACGGGGACUCGGGCUUAUGUCUACCAGGCGUCUGUAAACUACAGGAAGGAUAGUAGUCUCCCUAUCGUGAUGAAGUCUUUGACUGAAGGUAUCUCUAGGAAGACCAGUGGCAGGGCUUAUGAUCGGAUGGAGACAGAACCUGGGUUUGACAAGCUUGUCAACAACAGAACUGGAUUGAAAACCGCGAUUAAACCACUUAUUCAGUGGGCGGAGAAGCAGAUCCCCAAGCAUGCUCAUAGGACAACGUCUCUCUUUGUAUACGCAACAGCGGGUGUUAGGAGGCUUCGUGCUACUGAUUCGAGCUGGCUUCUAGGUAACGUGUGGUCUAUACUUGCGAAGUCUCCUUUCACUUGCCGGAGGGAGUGGGUUAAGAUCAUCAGUGGUACUGAGGAAGCUUAUUUUGGAUGGACCGCUCUUAAUUACCAAACGAGCAUGUUGGGAGCCGUGCCAAAGAAGGCUACGUUUGGUGCGCUUGACCUUGGUGGCUCGUCUUUGCAGGUAACGUUUGAGAAUGAGGAGCGAGCACAUAACGAGACCAACCUAGAUCUCAGGAUUGGGUCUGUUAACCAUCAUCUUAGUGCGUAUUCUCUCGCGGGGUAUGGUCUUAACGAUGCGUUUGAAAGGUCUGUUGUUCAGCUUUUGAAGAGGGUGCCAAAUGUCAAUAAAUCUGAGUUGAUUGAAGGAAAAUUUGAAAUGAAACAUCCUUGCUUGAAUUCUGGAUACGAAGGGCAGUACAUAUGUUCUCAAUGUGCUUCUAAUGUCAAACGAGGUAAAAAGGGGAAGUCAGGAGUUCCUAUCAAGCUAGUCGGUGCUCCAAAUUGGGGAGAGUGCAGCGCUUUGGCCAAAAUAGCUGUUAAUAGCUCUGAGUGGUCAAAGCCAAAACAUGGUGCUGACUGUGAUUUGCAGCCUUGUGCCCUUCCUGAUGGUUACCCUCGUCCUCACGGUCAGUUCUAUGCUGUAUCUGGAUUCUUCGUGGUGUACCGAUUCUUCAAUCUAAGCGCUGAAGCUUCCCUUGAUGAUGUGUUGGAAAAGGGUAGGGAGUUUUGUGAGAAGGCCUGGCAAGUUGCCAGAACCAGUGUUUCUCCACAACCUUUCAUUGAACAGUACUGCUUUAGAGCACCGUACAUAGUCUCUCUGUUACGAGAAGGUCUGUAUAUUACAGAUAAGCAGAUCAUAAUUGGUUCUGGGAGUAUAACUUGGACACUAGGAGUAGCUCUUCUGGAAGCAGGGAAGGCUUUAUCUUCUACACUGGGACUAAAGGGGUACGAGACUCUGAGCAUGAAGAUAAACCCAGUAGCCCUUAUAUCUGUUCUGUUCGUCUCACUGAUUCUGCUUCUCUGUGCACUGUCACGGGUCAGCAACUGUACGCCAAGAUUCUUUAGAAAGUCAUGUCUCCCUCUUUUUAAGCACAAUAGCGCCUCAGCUUCGUCCAUUCUCAACAUUCCGUCUCCCUUCAGAAUCCAGCGAUGGAGUCAUAUGGGUACAUGGGUAAAGCAACCGUCGAGUCCAACAGUGAGGAGUUCACCGCGUAGGCCAUUUAGUUUUGGAAGCAGCAUGCAGCUGAUGGAGUCUUGUUCAUUGUACUCAUCGAGCAGCAGCGUUAUGCACAGUUAUUCUUCUGAUAGCUUAGGGGAGAUGCAAGUUGACAACAGUGGCUCCUUCUGGUCCUCCCGGAGUCAAAUGCGUCUCCAGAGCCGGAGAUCACAAUCACGAGAAGAUCUUAGUUCGUCGCUGGCUGAUGCACACAUGCUCAAGAUGUAGUAGGAGAAAGACGUUUUUGGGUACGGUUUUUUUAUCACUUCGACAGCCUCUCACUUUUUUUUUCUCUUUUCUGGUAUCAUAGAAUAUAAAAAGAAAAAGAAGAGAAACUUCAUGAGAGCAAAGAUAUUCCUUGUUUCAGUUAACUUUAAUUCAUUCUAUACCACCAUAUAUGAUUAUUAAUUUAACCCAA